AUGCCCGCCAUCUUCGACGCCGUCGCCGCGGCGCCAACAAGCAGCGGUGGCGCGACAGCGGUCCCGACCCGCAGUCGCAGAAUGCGUACCGUCUCGCUGGCGCUGCAGGCGUCCAGUUUGGUGCUGAGCGUCCUCACGAUGGCGCUUAUGGCCAACGUUCUGUACACUGCGCGCAAUAUCGAAGUCGAGGACCCCGGCUUCGUCAUCCACCGUGCCAGUUCCGCGCUCGUCGUGUGGGCUGGCACCGGAGGCAUUCUGAACGCCGUUGCUGCCGGCUAUUUGAUCUACUCCGGCCGCCCUCUGGUCUUGAACAUCACGGGCACACAGCCCAACCCCCCAACCAUCCGCCCCACGCCCGCCCGCCUCGCCCUCGCCCUCGUCGCCCUCGCCCGCACCCUCGCCGCCACCGCCUACGCCUUCGCCGACUUCGACCGCGCCACCGCCCUCGCCCUCCCCUGGGACGGCGUCGUGGACAGCGCUUCUUUCCCCUCCUUCUUCACCCCCGAGACGUACGCCAGCAACCAGGGCUUCGGCGACGACACCAGCCCGGACGUGGCGGCGCGCGCGGCGGGCGCGCGGGCGUGCUGCGCGGCGAUGGUGGGGCUGGCGGGCGUGGGGGUGGUGGGGGGGUUGGUGGGGUGGAGGGGGGAGAGGAGGGGGAGGAUGGGGAGGAGGGAUGUGGGGGAGAGGUUGGGGGGCGGGGAGGGUGGGGAUGAGGAGGGUAGUGGGCUUCGUGGUGAUGGGGGCGUGGAGGUGGAGGGUAGGGAGGUGGUGGAGAUGAUGGGGGAUCAGCGCGUGAGGGCCGAGCUGGGGGCCGGCGGCGGCGGCGGGGUGUUCGAGGUGCAGGGGAAGCAGAUGCAUGAGAUGGAGGGGGCUGGGGCUGGGGCCGGGGCCCAUGAGGUGCAGGGGCGGCCGAUACACGAGAUGGAGGCGGAAGAGGGGCAUCGGCGGUGGGUUUAUGAGAUGGAUGCGUCGGAGGAGGCAGGGUGGAAGAGGGAGAGGGAGAAUGCUUGA